AUGAAACUGAAACCCAGGUCAACGAUCCAGCAUUCCAUCAAGCUACGGGUGGAAUGUCUCCAGUUAUUUUCUAGGUUACUACUGGGCCCAAAUGCUGGUCUUGAAGAGUUAGUUGAUUUCCAUAACGCCAACUCUGCUCUACCUUAUAACUGCUCUGUGUCAGAUAACAGUCAAAGAGCAAUGCAACUUCUUUGUUUCAAUCAAGGUUGGCAAGCCCCCAAUGUGUUCACUCUGUCACCUAUUAAUUCGUUGGCUUGUCUCAUUCACUGGAGGGUCAUAGUAACGACUUGCAAAUAUCUCUCUCUCGAAAAAAGGGAAGAAUUUGCAACCUUCUGUGAUGAAACUGGGGCCCAAUUACACUUGGAAGUACCUAAAAAUGUCAGGACCCCUGCAUUAUGGGAACCGCAAGGGUUCAAAGAAGUUGCCACAGGGGAUCAUAACUCAUUACAAAUUACAGUUACCCCCAAUCCCCCCAAAAAGCCGAGGUUGCAGUACAAUGAAACGGAAGCCAACUCUUCACAAUCUCAGGUAACAGCCAAUCCUUGCGACAAUUCUACCAUGCUAUCCAAUGAAGUGGAUGCUAUAGAUUGUCAUUUUCAUUUAGACCGUACGGGGAGCAGAGUACUCAAGAAAUCACACAAUCAAUCACCUGAUGAUCUCCUUACUCAGAUCUUGGAGUUUCGGCAGGUGGUGAGUCCUCUGGUUCCUGUGAGGUUACUGGGAAUGGUCGCCAAUUUUUGUGAUCCAGAUAGCUACCCAACCCUCUUUCCCUCGGAUUCUAGACUCAAGAUAUCCAUUGGUUUCCAUCCGAGGAAAGUACGAGCAUUCUCCCAGAAACUACUUAGCGAUCUGGUUGGAAUUCUAAAUAAUCCAGCAACAGUUGGACUUGGGGAAAUAGGUUUGGAUUGGACUGAGCCUAGGAUCACACGGUCUACACAAAUACAGGUGUUUAAGGAUUUGCUUGGGGUUUCAGACUCAAACAGGGUGCUUAUUCUCCACCUAAGGGGAGAAACCCCUGCUGACUUUUCCGUCUUCCACACCGGACUGGAAAUCGUUAGUUCCAUUUGUCGGAAAUCCCAGCCUAUCCACCUCCAUUGUUUCAGUGGAGAUUUGUCCGUAGUCGCAUCUUGGGCGACGUCUUUUCCGAAUUGCUAUUAUGGAUUCAAUGCCAAUGUGGCCCAUUUCGGACCUCAGCAGGUAGCGGCGCUCCGGGCGAUUUCGUUAGACCGAAUUCUCUUGGAAACCGAUGCCCCUUAUUCGCCUCCUGUAAAGGGGAUCUCCAAGAGUGCGCAAAUAAUCAACACUCCUGCAUUCGUAGGAGAUGUUGCCAAGUUGGUUUCCGAAGUCCGUGGGGUCGCCUUGGAUCGCUUGAUACCGGCUUCGGUAAAGAAUGCCAAAGAUUUAUACAAAUUCUAA